CUCACAACUCACAGGUUUGACAAAUUGUUUCUGCACAAUCGAGAUGGCUUAUGAAGCUCUUGAUAACCUGCAACAAACCUUAGAUCAAAUCCUAAAUCAUGGCGAUGAACGCGUCAUCACUCCUUCUGUAAAACAAGAAAUUAUUUCCAUCCGCAUCCAAGCCGUUGUCUUGCAAUUGAACGUCAAACAUUAUCCAAACAAAGAAACAAUCACAGAGGCAGCAAAUUCAACACAUGAGAUUAUUGAAUAUCUCUUUUCUGAAGAAAACGUUCCAGAUGGUGAAUCGAUAGAUCCGACAGUCAGACUUGCAAACCGGCUGAGGGAAGUAGCACAAAGACUGGAGUCAACCGUUGGAGAUGUGGUGGAUUACAUCAAGGGAAACGACCCAAUCAGCAGUGUAACUGAUUCCCCUGAUGUUAGUUCAUCAUCAAGAUCAGCAAUCACAAGCAGCAAAGAUGACGACGUGGUUGGUUUUGAAGAAGAUGUGGAAGUGAUCAAGGAUCGGCUUUGCAUGGGAUCAUCCAGACUACAGGUUAUCCCAAUUGUUGGAACAGGAGGCAUUGGUAAGACCACACUUGCUAAAAUUCUUUAUAAUGAUUCAUUGAUUAGGAAAGAAUUUAGUAUUUGUGGUUGGGUUACAAUAUCACAAGAUCAUAGUGUAGAACGCAUUGUUUCAAAUCUUCUAGCUUCCAUAAAAGAAAUUUCAGCACUAAGAGAUGCUAAGAGCGACAUCCCUAUAGAAACCUUAAUUUGCGAGUACCUAAAAGGUCGAAGGUAUCUUAUUGUAAUGGACGAUAUGUGGAGUAAGAAAGCCUGGGAUGAUGUAAAGAUGUUGUUUCCUGAUGUCGGUCAUCGCAGUCGGAUCAUAGUCACUACAAGGCUGCAGGAUGUGGCUGCUUAUGUCGACUCUUCUAACUUCAUUUAUACUAUAAGGUUGUUGGAUGCACAUCAUAGUUGGAAAUUGCUAAAGCGUAAGGUGUUUGGACAUAAAGACAUUCCUAUUGAACUAGAAGACAUCGGGAAGAAAAUUGUGAAAAAUUGUGGUGGGUUGCCCCUCUCAAUCGUGGUGGUGGGAGGACUUUUAUCUAAGAUUCAUACUCGAUACUCAUGGAAGCAAAUUGCUGCAAACGGCGGGCAGCUUGAAACAAUAAUUGGUUUGAGUUAUACCCAUUUACCCAAUCACUCGAAGCCGUGUCUUUUAUAUAUGGGUGGCUUUCCAGAAGAUUAUGAGAUUCGUGUCUCAGAACUUAUUCACCUUUGGAUAGCUGAGGGUAUUGUAACACUUUCAAAUGGAUCAAAAAGCUUGGAAGAGGAGGCAGAAGAUUGUUUCGAUGAUCUUGUCGAGAGAAGUCUAGUUUUGGUCAUCAACAGGAAGUUUGAUGGGAAAAUAAAGAGUUGCAGCCUUCACGAUAUUGUGCGGGAAUUUUGCGUAAAGGAGGCUGCGAAAGAGAAGGUAAUUCUUUCUGUUAUGGAUUACUUACCUACUCCUAUCCUGCGAAGUCAUUUUGUUCCACGUCUCAUAAAAGAUCAUCAUAGCAUAAGUGCUAGUUCGUAUGAUUUACAUCUCAAAGACUACGUGCAUAGCUCACACAUCCGUACCAUAAUAUGUACUCCGAAGAAAGGGUAUAGAUCUGUGGGCUUUGUAGAGAAGUUUAGUUCGGUAAGGGUCCUUCAUGUUUUACGUAGAAAUGAUCACUGGGAUUGGGAGCCAGGUCAAGUGUUCGAUCUGGUUCAUUUAACUUACCUUGCUUCCAACAUUCCCAAUAGUAUUGUUCCUUCAGCUAUAUCAAGGCUUCAGAAUCUUCAGACUUUAGUUAUUUAUAGAUCUGAGGUUCGUUUGCCCAUGGAGAUUUGGAGGUUGCGACAUUUAAGACAUCUUAUUGCCUUCUCAUUUCAACCCUUACCCAACCCUGAAGGGGAAAACAAUCCCCUUGAGAACUUGCAGGAACUUUCACUGGCAACGGACUUGGUGUGCAGUAAAAGAAUGGUGGAAAUGAUUCCAAACAUUAAAAAGCUGGGAAUAUGUUACUCCAUGGAGAAGUUUGAUGCGGAUGCGGGCUAUCACUUCAACAAUCUUAAGUAUCUAUGCCGACUCGAGAAAUUGAAGUUGGAGAUGCGUCGAGGUAUUUCUCGCAGACAACUACUUUAUGAAAUGGCAUUGGAGAUGCGUGGAGGUUUUUCAUUCAGACAAUUUCUUGAUGAAAUGGUAUUGAUGAGGGGUGGAGGUUUUUCAUUCGGACAACUACUUGAUGAAAUGGCGGUGGGUUUUGCAAUUAAACUAGUUAAUGGGAUACUUGUAUGGACUUGUCUUGAUGAAAUUGCGUUGGUGAUGCUUGGAGAUUUUGCAUUCAGACUAGUUAAUGAGAAACUUGUAUGGACUUCAUUUAGACUAGUUAAUAAGAUACUUGGAUGGACUUCAUUUGGAGGAGCUGAUAAGAGACUUGGAGGUCUAAACUUUCCUCUGCUACUAAGAAGGUUAACCUUGAGUGGCUGGAUGCUUCCUUGGAGAGAUAUGGCGAUCGUUGGUUCAUUACCUAAUCUUCAAGUGCUUAAACUAAGAAACUAUGCUUGCAAAGGCAAAUAUUGGCAAACAUCUAACGGAGAAUUUCGUGAGUUGAGACUCUUGCUAAUUGACCGAUCAGAUUUGGUUUAUUGGGGAACUGCAGCUCACCACUUUCCGAAACUCGAGUGCCUAACGCUUCGUCGGUGUCAUGGUCUAGAUGGGAUUCCAAGAGAAAUUGGAGACAUUCACACACUUGAAUUGAUUGAGGUUGAUGAGCAGUCCACGCGUCUUUUAUUAUCGGCAGAAAAGAUACAAAAGAAACAACGGGAUUCUGGAAAGCGUAGCUUUCUAGUUCGUGUGAAGCGUUCCUGAUAUGCUGCUCUUUCAAGUCCAGAGCGGUUUCCAAGUAUCUACAAUCUGCAUUUCUUAAAGAGGCAGAGUGUGGAGGGAAUGCUCUCAUUGUACAACCUCUUAAUUGGCAAGUCACGCAAGGAAGCAUCGAGGAUGUUUUUUGAAACACUGGUAUUC